CUAAUUGUAAUUAAUAAAUGCAUAACUAAAAUUGAAGAUAAAGGCACAUAUAUUCUUCAAAUAAAAUAAUGUAAAUCGUAUUAAUAUGAAAAUAAAAACACAUGCAAUUUAAAGAUGAAAUAUUCUAUUAAUGACACUGCACUACAGGCUAUGUAGGCCCACUGCUUUAUUAUUAAACCAGUUAGUUAAUAUUCAUGAGUUGCUCAUUAACAUAACUGGAACGGUCACGUUUAAAAUAAAACAUUACAGAAGAACAGAUGAUUCUACACUACAGAAGUUUGUAUUAGGGUUAUUAAGAGCAUGAGGAUUCAUACGCAGCUAUACUUUAUAUUAAAGCAUUGUAUUUUAAACUGAAUUAUAUUAAUUAAACACGUAUGGAAUAAAAGAAGUUUCUUGAAUUGAAAUAUUUUAAAAUAGUUUUUUGUCAUUGUACAAACAAUAAUUACAAACACAAAGCACAAUUUAUCUGAACUACAAACUGAGACAUUUUAACUCUUAAAGAAGCUUUGAAUAAUACUAAAGCCGGGCGCCGGUGCUGUAGUGUAGUAUUCUGUAGUCUGCGCAUGCGCUCUGCCACUUCCGCGUUCCUCACAUAGCAACAGCAGCAGAGCCAAAAUGGCGACCGGUGGAGAUCCUGCCUGACAUCGAACCGAGUCCUGACACCGAGAGCCGCGGUUCCCGGACACCGGCAUCAGCGCCAUGGCCUCCGCUCACGGGCGGCUGGGUCAGCACUUCCUUGCCGUGCUGGAUGUGGUUCUGCGGGUCCCGAGCAUCUUUAUAAUCGACGCCAUAUUGAACUCGUACUCUGAUCCCGGUACCGGAUGGAGCGGCGCCGCCGGGAGAGCCCUGAUCCGCGCGCUGGGUAUUGUGGUGUCCGGUGUGGUUCUGGUGCUUUCCCAGAAGUCCCUGUUCAAGUUCUACACGCUCUUCAUGGCUGUUCUGCUGGGCGCGGCGUCAGUGCUGGUCAACUACUACGCCACGGCACACGCCGACUUCUACAGCGCAUACAACAGUGCUGCAGUGCUGCCGCGGGACGGGCCGACGCUCUGGCUAGCGUUAGCGCUGAUGCAGCUGCUGCUGGGGUUGGGCUAUGUGGCGCUGCUGCGCGUGCGGUCGGUGUGCGCUGCUCUCCUGCUGCUGGACAUCAUGGCGCCGCUGUGGGGGCUGAUACUGGAGCUGCCGGCCGACAUGAAGCAGGUGCUAGCGAUAGCAUCAGGAGUGAUCUUAGCAACACACGCCGCGCUAAACCUGCUGCUGAAGCUGAAGUGGUUCUACUACUCCUGCCGCUACGUCUACCUGCUGCUGCGCCACAUGUACCGCAUCUACGGCCUGCAGCUGCUGCUGGAGGACACCUGGAAGCGCAUCCGCUUCCCUGACAUCCUGCGCGUGUUCUGGCUAACCCGCGUGACCGCGCAGGCCGUCAUCCUGCUGUACGUGGUGCGCGUGGUGCGCUCUGAAAGCGGCAUGCAGCUCGGAUGGGACGUGUUGUGGGAUUUGUCCAGUAAUCUGAUCAUUAGCGGCUGCGACUCGACGCUAACUGUCCUCGGGAUGAGCGCAGUCAUAUCAUCUCUAGCGCAUUACUUGGGUCUUAGCAUCCUAGCGUUCAUCGGCUCCACAGAGGAGGAGGAUAAGCGGCUGGGGUUUGUUGCGCCCGUGCUGUUCUUCAUCCUGGCGCUGCAGACGGGUCUAAGCGGCCUGGACCCCGAGGAGCGGCUGGUGCGGCUCAGCAGGAACAUGUGCCUUCUGCUAACGGCGAUUCUGCAUUUCAUCCACGGGAUGACGGAUCCGGUGCUCAUGUCUCUCAGCGCGUCGCACGUGUCGUCAGUGCGCAGACAUGUGCCGGUUCUGCUCGUGUCGCUAGUUCUGUUUACGCUGCCGGUCCUGCUCAGUUUCCUGCUGUGGCAUCAUUACGCGCUCAACACGUGGCUGUUCGCCGUCACGGCGUUCUGCAUCGAGCUGUGUCUGAAGGUUCUGGUGUCGCUCACGGUAUACGCGCUGUUCAUGAUGGACGGGUUCUACAAUGUGCUGUGGGAGAAGCUGGACGAUUACGUCUACUACGUGCGCUCUACUGGCAACGUGAUUGAGUUCAUAUUCGGCGUGAUCAUGUUCGGAAACGGGGCGUACACGAUGAUGUUUGAGUCGGGGAGUAAGAUCCGCGCGUGCAUGAUGUGCCUUCAUGCGUAUUUUAACAUUUACCUGCAAGCCAAAAACGGCUGGAAAACGUUCAUUAACCGGCGCACGGCUGUCAAGAAGAUCAACUCUCUGCCGGAGGUGCGAGGCUCGCGGCUGCGGGACAUCGAGGACGUCUGCGCCAUCUGCUAUCAGGAGUUCGGCUCGUCGGCGCGCAUCACGCCCUGCAGCCAUUACUUCCACGCGCUCUGCCUGCGCAAGUGGCUGUACAUCCAGGACACGUGCCCCAUGUGCCACCAGCGCGUCUACAUCGAGGACGACACCAGCGAGCGCUCCACCUUCUCUAAUAAUAACGGAUACGGGGCAGCAGGACAGGAGAGGGCGGAGUUUGAGGAGAAUGAGGGUGGAGCUGAGGACGGCGUGGCUGCGGCAGGGGCGGAGCCUGAGAACGAGCUGCUGGAGGAUAAUGACAGUAUUGAGUAUGACGAGGAGGAGUGGGGAACGCAGCCCGGCGUCACGCUCAUCGAGGAGGACUACAUUAAUGACGACACAGACUCCAACUGAACCAGCGGGGAUAUUUAAGAUCAGGGACGUUGUGUAUUUUUUAGAUCUGUGGCCAGAAAUUGUUCGAGAAAUCCAUUCUGCAUUGAUCCUGAGAUUUUUGAAUUGCGUCGCUUUUUUCGCUUGAAUUAAUUCUGAGCCUAGUUUACAACAGUAGAUGGCGCUCUAGGCUAGUUUACAGCAGCAGAUGGCACUCUAGGCUAUUUUAUAAAAGCAGAUGGUGCUCUAGGCUGUUUUAAAACAGCAGAUGGUGCUCUAGGCUGUUUUAAAACAGCAGAUGGCGCUCUAGGCUGUUUUAAAACAGCAGAUGGCGCUUUAGGCUAGUUUACAACAGUAGAUGGUGCACUAGGCUAUUUUAUAAAAGCAGAUGGUGCUCUAGGCUGUUUUAAAACAGCAGAUGGCGCUGUAGGCUGUUUUAAAACAGCAGAUGGCGCUCUAGGCUGUUUUA